AUGUGCCUGAUCCGCCGUCUUGCCGGAGCAGUGGCUUACUGUAUUGUUGCAGUCGCCUAUCAAACGGUGCCGAAAGCCUACUUCAUUGAAUUAUCCAAGAAUUUCUCACUCGACGGGAUUGCACCAAGCCCCGACACAUUCGUACAAAGGGCAACUGAGCUGUCCAUCCCUCUCCGGGUGCGCUACAAAUUCCUCGACCAGGCAGUGUUUUAUGGUCUGUCAGUAUCCCUCGAGCAUGACGGUCACGUCAAGAUGCUGCGGUCUCUUCAUGGUGUCGAGAAUGUCAUUCCCGUGCAGCAGAUGACGCACCCAUACCGCCCUUCGGUGGGAACCUCACGAGCAAGCAAGCGAGAAACACCUCCGGACGAGUCCGAUAUAAAGCAGCUGCAGCCAAGGUCUUCGCUCCCCCGACAUUCAGAGAUUGACUGGAACAGCCCGCACACCAUGACGGGCGUCGACCGUCUCCAUGCUCAGGGCAUAUUCGGCGAUGGCGUCCGCAUCUCUAUCAUCGACACGGGAAUCGACUAUCUACACCCGGCCUUAGGCGGCUGCUUCGGCAAGGGUUGCAAGGUCGAGUUUGGCUACGACUUCGUCGGCGACGAGUACGGCUCUCGCAACUUCACCCCGAAUCCGAGUGCGGACCCGAGACCCGGGUGCUACGCGGGGUUCCACGGCACUCACGUUGCAGGCGUCGCCGGGAUGGACGCCCCUCCCAACUCCUCCAGGUUUGCCGGCCUUGUGGGAGUCGCUCCGCGCGCUACUCUCGGUAUGUACCGGGUCUUUGGCUGCGACGGGACAACCUCGCAUGACGCCAUCGUCGCCGCCAUGCAGAAGUCGGUCGAAGCGGGCGCCGACGUCGUGAGCAUUUCCAUUUGCGAACUCGGCACGUGGUCCGGAUACCCUCUGUCGCCCCUCUCGGCCGCGGUCGCCGCUCUGAAAGCGAAGGGCGUGGCUGUCAUUGCUGCCGCAGGCAACUCGGGCACGCGGGGCAUGUUCUCCAUCAAGCUGCCGGCCGGGGCGGAUGAUGCGCUCGGCAUCGCUUCGGUCGAGAACUCCAAGUUCCCGACAUACCGGGUUCAGGACUCCAAAGGCGCCAACUUCCGCUACGGGUCGUUGUACCCCUUUCCGAAGGGCGCGUAUUCUGUUGUAUGGGCUGAUAGGGACAGCGGCGAUUACAACUUUGGCUGUUCCGCCUCCGACUACCCGCCAGCAAGCCAGCUUUCGGGCCCGAUAUCCAACUACAUCAUCGCCAUCAAGAGGGGGCGGUCGUGCUCGCCGACUCAAAUCCAGUCCCAUGCCAUCGCGGCCAACUACACGAGAGUCAUCACAUACCCUGACCCGACAAUCAACGAUGUGUUCGUCGAGGGUCAUGCAGCACCGGGCCCUUUUCUAACUGCAGACGGUUCGGAAUUCUCGAUGAGCAGCGCAGUUGAUGAUACCCUGUUCAACGCAGCUAAGAGACCGGGCACCUAUAAACUUUUCGUUGACUCUCAAGAGCCAUAUUUGGUUGACCAGCCCGGCGGUGGUUUGCCAAACAUGUUUAGCAGCAUUGGUCAGCUCCGACAACCCCGUUUCCUUCGUUCUCAACCUGGUAAGGUGGUGAUGUCUGACAGUUCUACAGGGCCCAAUGCAGACUUUGCGUUCAAACCUCAGCUGGCCGCACCAGGUGGGACGAUCCUAUCGACACUGCCCCUCAUGGAGAAGAGCCGUGGGUACGGAUUCGUCAGCGGGACUUCAAUGGCCACACCGUACGUGUCGGGUGUCUACGCCCUGAUCAAGUCUCAACUUCCGUCUCUAUCUGUCGAUGAGAUCUUUGCGCGCAUGCAGACGACUGCUAAGCAGGUCAGAAUGGCGGACUUUGACUUGACGGCCCCUGCCAUCCAACAAGGGGCCGGCCUUGUCCAUGCCUACAAGGCGCUCGUUUCAAAAUCAGCCAUUUCCCCAGGGGAGUUCAAGCUUGUCGAUGGCUAUGAAGCCGCAUUCACUAUCGGCAACCCCUCAGACGAUGAUGUUAUCUACACCUUUACGAACAUUCCAGCCGCUGGGGCGGUGGCCUUCCCGGAUAGUCGAAGCGGUUCCCCGGAGGUUGACUACAUCCCUCAGUCGUUCUCGGCAAAUAUCCAGUUCACACCUGGCGAUAGGAUUACGGUCCCUGCCGGUUCUUCACUUGAUGUGCCGUUCUUGGUGACCCCCCCGUUCGACAUAGAUCCCAGCCAAAUUCCCAUCUUUUCCGGCUUCAUUGGCAUUGUCUCGUCUUCCAAUGAGACCUUCACCAUACCCUAUAUGGGCCCGGCAUACAACUAUAGCAACGCGCCCGUUGUCGGAUUGUCGAACAUCACGAGGGCGCAGCGAUCCAACGCCCUGACACCAUUACGCGACCCGUUCUCUGCGCCGCAAGUCUUCUCCCAGGGAGAUAAGGUCGACAUUGGCGACUAUCAUUCUUUCUCGUUUCAGAAUUCUGAUUAUCCCGUGGCAUACUUUACAACACUCCAGCCAGUCAAAAAGUUCCGCUUCGACAUUGUCCGCGCCAGCACCAACUUCACCCCGACCUGGUAUGGUUACGAUCCUCACGUCAGACUGGACAACCUGACGGAGACCACAAUGGCAGAGAACAUCACCGUCGCAGGCGUCUCCAUCCUCGGCUCAAUAUCGGUUCAGAACGGAUGGCUCCCGCAUACUAAUUAUCAGGUAAGCUGGUCUGACAGCAUAUUGGACGUCAGAGCCGCCAGAGAACUGGGGUUGAAGAAGGGAUCCUACCGAGUCCUUCUGAGGUGGCUCAAGUUUUUUAAAGAUGAGAGUGAUCCUGGUUCUUGGGACAGCUGGAUGAGUGGCGUCAUUGACGUCUUGGAGGAUGUUUUCUGA